AACAGUGGUGCAGCAUCAGCUGGUCCUCCAGCUGUUGGUCCAGACCUCCUCCUCCUCUACACCUCUUUUUCCACCUCUCACUAUGGCAACUACGGUAGCAAAGCGCCAUCUACUAUUACUCGACGUCUCUCGUUCACCAGCCAACACCUCGUUCAACAACCAUCGUCUCAUGCAUGCCAGUAGAUGUCUCUCAAACACCUUUUUUAAGUUCCAGCACAAUCAUCAACCACAAUGGUUAACAUUGCUUCUACCACCAAGAGCUGCGGUGGUAUGACGUUUCCCUUUCUCCCUCGGAACUACGAUCGUUAUAACGAGGUGUUUGGGCACCAGCGCUCUCCAUCAAUGGAGUUCAAGGAGCUGACAAAGAAGGAUGCACAAGUCCAGCUGGCUCAAGAGCUGGAGAAGCUGCUUGUCACCUGUCCACAAUCUCACAAAGAUAUUACACAAAAGGAUUUUGAAGGGUUUGAAAAACUCUUUGGGCGAUUUGUCAAUGAAUCUGGGCCAUCCGUGGAAUGGGACAAAAUUCACAAACUCCCAGAAGAAGCUGUAUGGAAACAUUCAGAAUUGAAGGCUCCGGAUUCUGCUCAUGUAAAAAAUAUGCUUGACAAGCUAGUAGUUGUGAAGCUUAAUGGUGGUCUUGGUACGUCUAUGGGUUGCCAAGGUCCCAAGUCAAUCAUUCCUGUGCGCUCUGAGCUGACCUUCCUUGAUCUUACCGUUCAGCAGAUAGAGCACCUGAACAAGACGUAUGGCUCAAAUGUCCCGCUGGUGUUAAUGAACUCCUUCAAUACCGAUGAAGACACAGAGAAGGUUAUUCGCAAGUACCAGGGAUUCCAGGUCAAGACUUAUACAUUCAACCAGUCAAGGUAUCCACGUAUCAACAAGGAAUCGUUGAUGCCAAUAGCAAAGACUGCUGGUUCAGAUACUGAUCUUGAAGCGUGGUACCCACCUGGUCACGGUGACUUCUAUCAGUCUUUCAAAAACUCUGGGCUUUUGCAGGAAUUCCUUAAGCAGGGCAAGGAGUAUGUGUUUAUCAGCAACAUUGACAACUUGGGUGCGACAGUUGACCUGAGCAUCUUAAACUUCCUAUUGGGCGGGGAAGAAGCUGGGAAGUGCGAGUUCUUAAUGGAAGUCACAAACAAGACCAGGGCUGAUGUUAAGGGUGGUACCUUGAUCCAGUAUGAAGAAAAGUUAAGGUUACUUGAGAUAGCUCAAGUGCCUAAAGAACAUGUGGAUGAUUUCAAGUCUGUGAAGACAUUUAAGAUUUUCAACACCAAUAACUUGUGGACAAAGUUGAGUGCUGUGAACCGAAUCCUUGAAGAGGAAACAAUGGAUAUGGAAGUAAUCAUCAAUAACAAGCAUCUGGAUAAUGGUCUUAACAUCAUUCAGCUAGAACAAGCUGUUGGUGCUGCCAUAAAGUCGUUCAAUGGUGCACUAGGUCUCAAUGUUCCCCGCUCGAGAUUCUUGCCUGUUAAGAAGACUGAUGACCUGUUAUUAGUGAUGAGUAACCUGUAUAAACUACAACAAGGAACAUUGGCAAUGUCUCCAAUACGCAUGUUCGACACCACUCCCCUCGUCAAGUUGGGACCCAACCACUUUGGCAGAGUCAAGGAGUUCCUCCGAAGAUUUGCGUCAAUACCAGACAUGCUGGAAUUGGAUCAUCUGACUGUUUCAGGUGAUGUUACAUUUGGAAAGGGCGUUAGUCUAAAGGGGACUGUUAUUAUUAUUGCUAACCAUGGGGAUCGCAUUGACAUACCUCCUGGUGCCAUCUUGGAGAACAAAAUUGUGUCCGGAAAUCUUCGCAUUUUGGAUCAUUAGGUAAUAAGUUAGAAUGAAUAUGGCAGGCUAUUGUGAAUUGUUAUGUAUAGAGUUACUAAUUGUUUUGAUAAAAUUUUACUUAAAAGGUAACUAAAUAUUAUUAUUAUUACUGUAUUAUUUUUGUUGAAAUUUUUUUUAGUAAAACUUAAGGCACAAACUUCAGUGAUGACCACAGAACACUAAGUGGCAGUGAAUAUAUAAUUUUAUUUUUUUAGCAUUUAUUUGCUAUUGUUCUAGCACAUGAAACUACAUGAAACUACGAUAACAUAUUCUUGUUCCUUUGUUUUAAACAUCAUUAAUUAAGCAUUAUCUACUUAAAGAAAAUUCCAGUAGUCAAUAAUUUGCUCAAUUUAAGUUCACCAUUCACUCUUUGGUGUUGAUGCACAAGAUUUCACAUAAAAGGUUUACAUAUUUUAAACUUGUUACACAUGUUAAGGACCCGUCUUCAGGCAGGUACUCGCCUAAUUGUGCUUGCAGGGUUUGAGUUUCGGUGCAGCGCAGGUGCCAAUAUUCGAGUGUAUUAAAGCUGUUGAGGUUUAUUAGUUAUUGUUUAAAUUUCUCGGGCAAUUUGUUUUGUACAUUCUUAUGCCUAGUAAGUAUCUUCAAGUUCCUGAUCACAGACUCGUAUUAGGGAGGUUACAUUUGUACUGCACCGUGUAAUUAGUAGUUUUCAGGUAACUUGAGUAUCAGUGUGGUUAACAGAGUAAUAUGUAUGUAGAGUAAUUUAAUGAUUUAAUGCACUUAAUUUAUUUUGUUAGUGUUUACUUACAAAGUAGUACUGAAUUGACAGAAAUAGUAACUAAUGUAAAACAUUUGCCAUAAUAAUUAAGUAAUUAUUGUAAAAAUUAGCUCAGUAGUAACUGAAUUGAUUUUGAUAAGCUUAGAAUGGUCUUAGUGGUAUCAUCAUCAUCUUGUGAAAUUACUCGCCUAAGAAGUCUGAAUUUAUUUGCCUCUGUCUUCACUACAUUCUGAUUUUAUUGAGAUACUGCUUGUACUUUAUUUUGUAAACAGUUGCUGUGCCAAAAAUGUUACCAAGCUUACUAUUGAAUGUAGGCAAUUUAAAGUUGACGAAGGAUUCAUGUAGUCAGAUCAAAAUCUGUUCAUUGUUUCACUUCUGUACAUAUGAACUGUUGAAAGUCAUAAAAAUGAUUUAAUA